GUCCACAUGGCUGGUGCCUUUCAUCCUCAAGAAAGCCAAAGGGAAGCAGGUGCUUGUUCAGCAGGUAAGUAAGCCAGGCAGACUUACACGUGUGCCACCUACAUAAUUAAUUUGUUGUUGAAUUUUGUGUCCCCUUGUGUGGUGUUUGUCUGUCAGCUCUUGUCGCGUCCCUUUGGCGCGUCUACCUUACAUUUGUCAUCGCUGUGACGGUCUCUUGCCAGUCAAUAGUCAGUCGUGUCUGCAAUGUCGAUGUCUGUGUCGGCCUGGCUUGCACUAGUCGAUCUGGUCUGUCAGUCAGGUCAAGAAGGCAGUCAGUCCGUCCGUCAGGGCUGAGGCUGGCCUUGUGCAAAGGCAACAGGCGGUGGUGCCAUCGGUGCCAGUGGCCAACUGCACACACACACACACACACACGUAUUCAGGUGUGGGUGUGAUGUCAUUUUGUCUGUCUUACUAUUGCUGCUGCAUCACUUGUGGCUGCUGCAUGAACUGAGGUGCCUGGUGCAAUGGCAUAGACCACAUUCAUUCAUGUGUGUGUUUUCGGUUGCUUUGUGGCUUCCGCUCACUCACCAUGAGCGGUGCAUUCGGUGCAUUGUUGUUGAAGACUGGCGGUGAUGCCAUCAGUGUCUGCGGCAACUGCUGCUGCUGCAUCGACUGUCGCCAAUUCGCCAACACGCUGAGCGACAGAAAGAUAUACACGAGACAAGAGUCAGGGAUUUCAUUGGCUGGCUGGCUCAUUUACUUGUUGAUGUGCGUCUUGUCUGCGUCGGAAUUCGGUCUCUGACUCAGAGCUGACUGCACCAAUUGCACCUGCACAACACACACACACGCACACACAUCCGUGCAGUGCACCACUCUCUCCGCUCUCUGUGUAUGUUAUGUGUGUGUCUCAUUUCUAUGCCAGUCGUGACGGAGUCAUUGUGUUGCCGUUGUUGUUGUGCGAAGGGUCAUUGGAGAGCAGCAAU